AUGGAAGGACGUACGGAGAAAGCCGAAUUCUUACCAUUCGAUCUGCGCUUUCCGGUGAUUCUACCGAGAGACCACCAUGUGACGGAGUUGAUCGUGCAGCACUACCACGAACGCUUCGGGCACGGUUAUCGAGAAACGGUUAAAAACGAGAUUCGGCAGCGGUUCUACAUUCCAAAGGUCGGUACGGUGGUGUACAAAGUAUCGAAGGCGUGUCAGUGGUGUAAAGUUCAUCAUAGUCGUCCACGGGUCCCGAGGAUGGCAGCUUUACCGGUGCAGCGUUUACAACCCUAUCGACGACCGUUCAGUUUCACCGGAAUAGACUACCUCGGCCCAGUUAACGUUACGGUAGCGCGUCAUAGCGAAAAGCGCUGGAUAGCCGUGAGUGCUAGCCUGACCACACAGUCGUGUUUGAUGGCUAUUCGUCGCUUCAUGCAUCGUAGAGGGCCACCGCAAGAGUUCUUCUCCGACAACGGGACUAACCUGAAAGGUGCAAGCAAGGAGCUGACAGGGAUGAUCAACGAUAUCAACAGCGGCUGCGCGGACGAGUUAACCGACGCGCGGAUGCAGUGGUCAUUCAACCCACCAGCUGCCCCCCACAUGGGUGGGGUAUGGGAGCGAUUGGUCAGAUCGGUUAAGGAGGCGUUGGAAGCAUUGAACGACGGAAAGCGGUUGACAGAUGAAAUUCUACACACGUCAGUAACAGCAGCAGAAGAUAUGAUUAACUCGAGGCCGCUGGUGUACGUUUCGCAGGAGACAGUUGAGGCAGAAGCACUCAGUCCGAACCACUUUCUGCGAGGUGUUUCGCCGAACGAGCCACAGAUGGUUCCCCCUCCACCGCACCCUGCUAAAGUGUUGCGGGAUGCAUAUAAGCGUUCGCAGGAGUUGGCGCAGGAGAUGUGGGGCCGAUGGAUCAAGGAGUACGUGCCGUCGUUGAACCAGCGGUCGAAAUGGCACGGUGAAGCGAGAGUGCUGAAGAAAGGCGACCUAGUCUACGUAGUCGAGGGGUCCAAGCGAAGAUCCUGGGUACGUGGAAGAAUCGAGGAGGUCAUCCCGGUGAGUGACGGCCGCGUACGGCAGGCCUUGGUCCGGACGAGCAGUGGUUUGUUUCGGCGAGCUGUGGCGCAGUUGGCUGUGAUCGAGGUUGGCGAAGAAGAUGGUGGUAAAGCCAGACCGGAAGUGGCCUCCGGACUAGGUUUACGGGCCGGGGAAAUGUUGGGAGCACUGCACUGA